CCUUCUCUCUCCCUACAACUCCCUGACAGGAGGGUGGAGCCAGAGAUAUCUUCAGGUCCGUCACUUGAAGGGAUCAUCCUCUUUUCCUGAAAUGCUGGAUGGGUUCACGGUGAAAACUGAACGUCUGACCUUCAUCAACCCACUCUUCCAAGAGUCCUUCCCCUUCCCUCUCGGUGCCAUCCUUGAGGAUCUCCACGGCUCCCUCACGGGACAGAAAGGAGGUCACCUCUUGCCUUCCACAGAUAUCCAGGCGGCAUCUACCUUGUUUUCCACCGCACGGGUCCUCACUUGUCAGUAACCCUUCCGCUCCAGCGGGCUGUCAGUGUGUCACUGACUCCUCUAGGUCCUCCUUAAAGGCGGCGCGGCCCGUCCCGUGCCCCGCGACCCCGCGGCCCCAGAGCGGCCAUGCUGCGGCUGGGCCGGGCCGUGCCCGCCGCGCUGCGCGGGGCCCGCCGAGGGACCCCCGCGGCCCAACCGCGCCGGGGCGCGGAGGUGCUGGUGGGCUCGGCCGGCGGCGACAGCGGCGGUAUUGCUGAAAUCCUAAUGAACCGACCCCACGCGAGAAAUUCACUGGGAAAAGUAUUUGUAAACGAACUGUUCAGUGCCCUGGAGCAGCUCCGCUUCGAUGAGAAGGUGCGUGUGGUGGUGUUCAAGAGCCAGGUGAAAGGUGUGUUUUGUGCAGGAGCAGACUUAAAGGAACGUGCAAAGAUGGAUGAUGCAGAAGUUGGACUGUUUGUUAGAAGGCUGAGAAAUCUCAUGGAUGAAAUAGCUGCCCUGCCUGUGCCCACGAUCGCUGCCAUCGAUGGCUACGCGCUGGGAGGGGGACUAGAACUGGCCUUGGCCUGUGACCUUCGAGUGGCAGCUUCAUCAGCUAAAAUGGGCCUUAUUGAGACCACACGAGGACUUCUUCCUGGAGCAGGUGGAACCCAGCGCCUGCCCAGAUGUGUUGGAAUAGGUCUUGCAAAGGAACUCAUUUUCACUGGCAGACAGAUUGAUGGACAACAGGCCUUCUCCAUGGGCUUGGUAAAUCACUCAGUGCCACAGAACAGCGAGGGAGAUGCAGCUUACCAGAGAGCACUAGCUUUGGCUAAAGAAAUCCUUCCCCAGGCUCCAUUUGCUGUGAAAAUGGGAAAACUGGCAAUAAACAGAGGAAUGGAGGUCGACAUUGCAUCAGGGAUGGCUAUUGAGGGGAUGUGCUAUGCCCAGAAUAUUCCCACAAGAGACCGUCAGGAAGGGAUGGCUGCCUUCAGGGAGAAACGACCACCGCGCUUUAUCGGCAAAUAACACUUUCUAGCUUCCCCUUGAUUUUUGGAAAGUAAAGUAGGACUGAAGAGCACUCACUGAUUUCUUGGGGAUAAUUUUUAUGACACCAUUCUGUGCACUUAACCCCUUGCCUUGGACUGCAUUUCUGAAUACUCCACUGGAUCAUUUUUCUGUACGAAUCUUCCAAUAAAGAUUUAACUUUGUACACCUGA